UGGGGCGAUUGUGCAUUCAGUAAAACGCAACAUAGCAGUGCGAUCUUUAAGUCUGAAUUUAUUCCUUCAUUUUUACCUUUUGUACCUAUUUGUCCAUCGUAUGUAAAACUAAACGUGCUUAAUUGUUGUCAGGAUUAACUCAACUCGUCUCAAUGAAUGUUGGGACCUCUCAGGCUCAACUUGCUAGUUAGCUUAGCUUGCUAGCUAGCUUAGCUUGUUAGCUGCUAACAAAGAGACGCGGAAGUGAUCAACACAUCGCUAAAGAAGAGAUCAAAUACGUCUGUGAAGAACAUCUUCUCCCUGAGCAGCAGAAGUGGAGCUUCAGGAUGGAGCAGCAGCAAGCCCCCCACAUUAAAGAGGAAGAGGAGGAGCCACAGCUCCCUCACAUUAAAGAGGAAGAUGAGGAACACGGCGUCAGUCAGGAGGAGUUUGAAGGACCGGAGGAUGACCAUGUGAUCCGUGUCAUUGUGAAGAGUGAAGGUGAUGAGGUCAAAGGUGAAAGUGAGGAGAAGAGAGAGGCGGAGCCUCCAAGCAGCAGCUCAACUCAACACAUGACAACAGAAGCUGAUGGAGACCACUGUGGAGGAUCACAAGCAGACAAGCUCUUAGCUCCACUAUCAGAUAGUGAGGACACAACGUCACACUCUCCUGACACUGAUGAUGAAGACUCUAAAGAUGAUAAGACAUGUCACACUGACAACACACACUUCACAUGCACUCUCUGCGACAAAAACUUUAAUCAGCAUUAUAAUCUGAAAGUACACAUGAGAAUACACACCGGAGAAAAACCUUUCUCCUGCUCAGAGUGCGGUAAAGGGUUUGCGCGAAAAGACGUGUUGAAAGAGCACAUGAGAACGCACACUGGAGAAAAACCUUUUAUCUGUUCAGUGUGUGGUAAAGGGUUCACGCAAAGUUGUGAUUUGAAAAAACACACGAGAAUACACACUGGCGAGAAGCCUUUUUCUUGCUCGAUUUGCGGUAAAGGUUAUAUACAAAGUCAGUGUUUAAAAGUGCACAUGAGAACACACACUGGGGAAAAACCUUUUGCUUGCUCAGUCUGCGGUAAAGAUUUCAUACAAAGCCAGUGUUUAAAAGUACACAUGAGAACACACACCGGAGAAAAGCCCUUCACCUGUUCAAUCUGUGGUAAAGGUUUUACACAAAGUCAAUGUUUGAAGAAACACAUGAGAUUGCACACUGGAGAAAAACCUUUUACCUGUUCGGUCUGCGGCAAAGGUUUUGUGCAAAGUCAAAAUUUGAAAGCACACAUGAGAACACACACUGGUAAAAAACAUAUUCCUGUACAAGAAACUGUGUAGUACACAUGAGAACACACACUGGUGAGAAAGUGUUGAGUUGCAGUGUGUGUGGUGAAAGAUUCUCUCAUAAGUACCAGUGUAAGAAACACAAGUGUGCUGGUGAGAAGCUGCAGGAUUGGAAAUAAACUGUUAAAACUGUAAUGUUAACUUUCUAACAUCAGCACAUACAACAUGUGUGACAUCAUUGCUGUGUGUAUAACACAAUCUUGUUAAUAUUCUUCUACCAUUUAUACAUUAUAUAUUUUAGAUUAAUGUUUUUGAUGUAUUAAUAUGCAACAUUGUCUCCAUAAAAUAAACAAUUUUCUGUGAUAGAAAAGAGUAGAUACAAUAAACAUGUAGCGUGCAUAUAGUAGGGCUGUCACAUUCAUUAGGUUUUUGAAUAAGAUUAAUCACAUUUUGGAAUUUUGAUUUAUUAUGAUUAAUCACAGAGCACUACUUGAGUUUAUGAUUACAAUUAGCUUCAGAAAAGACCCCAAUAUUUGUAAACAAAUGUAAUUGUAUUUUUAAGGACCGUUUUUAAACAUUUUACUUGAAUGCAUGUCAUUUAUUUGCACACAACCUGGUAGCAAUUUUGUCUGAAGUUCUUUCAGGAUGUAUUUUGGAGUGAAAUUUGCCAGCGGGCACACCGGUCGGGGUCUCCUCACUCACCUUUGUACUGACGUAUGCAAAUAAAUUGCAUUAUUAAUCAAUGUCUGUUCAUGAUUGCAGUAUUUUUUGUUGUUGUUGAUUAAUCACACGAGGUAACUUGUUCAUUUUGACAGCUCAACUAUAUAAAUAUUCACCAUUCAGUUUUAAACAUGUUUUUUUUUUUUAUGUACUGUAUGUAUGAAGUGUGUUUUCAUUUCUAAUUGUAAUUCAUUCCAGAGAUGAACUCCCUUAUAUGAUAUGUGUUUUACAUGUGUUCAUACCUUUACUUUUGAGUACAUAUUUACUGGUUCACAUCUGAACCAUCUUCUGGAAGCAUUAUAUUUACUUUAUGCAUCAUUAAAAAAUGUCCGUCAAAAAAAACAAAACAAUUGCUGAAUGGGAACAAAUAAAUUCAGGAUAU